AUGCCAAUUACCACCGUUAACCCUUCUUCUCCAAACGCCUAUGGGCCUUCAGAGACUGCCCUUCUUCUCCUCGAUUGGUACUCUCUCUUUGUCGAGAGUCGCGCUGGUUCAGGCGCUGGCGCUGCCCUAGACAUCGCAAUCCAAUUCCGCAAAUGGGCCAAGCUGCAAGGCAUCGCCGUCAUGCACUGCCUCAUCGACACCCAUGGCACACCCACGGCACACCCUUCCCGCCUGCAAAGGCGUAGAGAGCUUUCAAGACCUCUUGGAAAUUCUCAAGACUUCGAAAUGUCCCGAGCCUUUUGA